GCGGCUACGUGCGUUGAGCUCCACUCGAUCCAUCGCCACCAACCCCAUCGCAGUCGGUCAGACUCUCACCCGAGCUGCCAAGCUGAGAUCGAUCGAGACUUCGAGAGGCGGCGAGGAGCACCAUGGGCGCGGAGGCGGGGGAGCUGCCGAGGAUCGACUUCUCCGGCGUGGACGCGUCGGUGCCGGGGACGGGGCGGUGGGACGCGACGCGAGCGCAGGUGAUGGACGCGCUGGCCACCUUCGGCUGCUUCGACGCGCACUACCCGGCGCUCGCCCCGGCGCAGCGCGCCGCGCUCUUCCACGGCGCCGUCCGCCCGCUCUUCGCGCUGCCUGUGGACGCCAAGCGCCACAACCACUACGGACCGGGAAAGCCCUUCCACGGCUACCUCGGGGGCCUCCCGGGCCUCCACGCCUACGAGAGCCUCGCCAUUGUCGACGGGCCCGAGCUCGGCGACGUCCAGGCCUUCGCCGACCUCUUGUUCCCCGCCGCCGACAACGCCGCCUUCUGCGAGACUGUCCACGGGGCGGCGGCGCGGAUGGCGGAGCUGGAGGGGGCGGUGCGGCGGAUGGUCAUGGAGGCGCUCGGGGUGGCCGUCGACGAGGCCCAGACCCAGAGCGCGCCCUUCUGGCACCUGUUCCGGAUGUCAGAGUACGGGGCGCCGACCGCCGACGAGAAGGCAAGGGAGGUGCGGUACGGGUCGCACCAGGACACCAACUCGCUGAGCGUGGUGUGCCAGCACGAGGUCGACGGGCUGGAGAUGCAGGCCAGGGACGGCCGAUGGAUCCUCGUCCGGCCGUCCUCGCCGGCGUCGCUCGUCGUCAUGGCCGGCAACGCUCUCCGGGCGUGGUCCAACGACCGUGUGCACGCGCCGUUCCACCGGAUAAGCGUGGGCGGGGACGCGACGAGGUACUCGGCCAUCCUCUUCUCCGUCCCCGGCGAGCCGACGAUCCGGGUGCGCGACGAGCUCGUGGACGAGGCCGGCGGCCACCCUCGCCGCUUCAGGGACUACGACUACGACGAGUUCGUUCGCUUCUGCGUCUCUGAGAAGGGUGCUCGCCAUGACGACAAGCUCAAGGCCUACUGCGGACUAGAUGCCAUGAUACGAGGUGAUACCAUGACUUAGAUGCUCCCAUGAUACGAGCUUCUGGUCCGUCGGAUCUCAGAUCCAAUGGCUCUAAAUAGGCUCGUAUCAUGGGAGCAUCUAAGCCUCCGUAUCACCUGAUACUCUCCCCCUGUAGGUGCAGCCGACUAGGAGUGGGGGAACGGCCUGGGCAGCUGGGCAGCUACACCAUCGAAUCCGGCCCAAGUCCACCGCUGAAAUGAAUAAGCUUCAUCUGCAAUUCGUGUUUUGUCUUUUUAGUGACACGUGUGCCAGGUAAAAAUCACUUUUGGAAUAAGCAAGGAAGUGCUUACUUGUAGUAGCAUUUUUAAAAAAAUAUUUUCCCACCUUUA